AUGGGCUCUGAACUCAUCUCAACCGAUGCCAAGAACAAAUUGGAAGAUUUGUCUGGCAUCACGAUCCUGCCCGGUCAAAAUCCAUAUGAAGCCUUCAUUAAAGCUUGCAAUGAUAACCCAGCGGAGAUCCAGGCUCUCUACCAAGCCCACAGAACGAAGAGAAAUGAGCAGCAGAGGCAAAAGUUCAUUGCUCCCGACUUCAAGGAGCUCAUCAUUGACCCUUUUCUUCUGAGAUUGGAAAACCCGGAGAUGGAACCGGGUUUCCAGGACCCUCGUAACUGCUUGGUCUUUUGGGCCCGGCCGCCAGAUCACAUCGUGCAACUCUCGGCUUAUCUGCAGUCUUUGCUUAAGAAAGCCGCACCGAGUAUCUGGCUCAUGCCCCAACACCGAAUGCACCUUACAACUCUCGAGGUGACGCACUCCAAGACGCCCGAAGAGAUCAUCACUCUCACGGAUAACAUGCGCUCGGCGAUCCACUACAUCACGGACUACACCUACUCUCACAGGUCCCGUCUCGUAAGACCCAUGAUCUCCUACGACCUCUCCGCCUUCGCCGUCUCCUUUCUCCCGGCCUCUGGCGAGCCGCCCCUGAGCCCGCGCCCGGCGCCGACCGCCCAGCAACAGGCCAUCGUGCAGGGGGACGAUUACUCAUACCACCACCUUCGCCGCGACAUCUUCACCCUCGCGCAGUCGACGGGCGUGCAGAUUGAGUCGAGGUACCAGGUGCCGAGCGCGCACAUCACGCUUGGUCGGUACCUUACGGAAAAGGACCACGAUACGCCCGAGGCGAGGCAGAAGUGGGUUGAGGCCAUUGACGAGAUCAACGCGUGGCUUGAGAAGGAGGUCUGGGACCGUCCGGGUGCCGAAUGGAUUGGAGAGUGGGUUGUUGGGCAGGAAAGGGGUUUGGAUGCUCGUAAUGGGCAGCUGUGGUACGGAGGCGGGAGGACGAUCAAGCUAGGGGAGGGCUUCUGA